UUGUCGCGCCAAACUAUAUAUGGAGAGGCGUAAAAGCGCGAAACCCCAAAUCCAUCGGCUUCCACACUACUCGUGUGCUGCUUUCUGCUUUACGGCCUCCAUCUCUUCAUCGUUUCACGAUGUCAAAGAAAAGAGGGCUCUCUUUGGAGGAGAAACGUGAGAAAAUGUUACAGAUUUUCUAUGACUCUCAGGACUUCUUUCUCCUGAAGGAACUCGAGAAAUCGGGCCCCAAAAAGGGUGUGAUUAUGCAGUCAGUGAAAGAUGUUGUCCAAAGUUUAGUAGACGACGACCUUGUUUUCAAAGACAAGAUUGGAACAUCUGUAUAUUUUUGGAGUCUUCCUAGCUGUGCUGGUAACCAGUUAAGAAAUAUACAGAAAAAGCUUGACGCUGAUCUCCAGAGUAGUGAAAGACGAUAUGCAGAACUUAAUGAACAGUACAAUGUUUUGAAGAAGGGACGAGAGGAAUCUGAUGAAAGGGAGAAGGCUCUUUCUGAACUUAAAGCUAUUGAGAAGAAAUAUAAAGAGCUCAAGGAUGAAAUUUCACAGUACGCAGACAAUGAUCCAGCUACAUUUGAAGCAAUGAAGCAAGCCACAGAGGUAGCUCUUGCAGCGGCUAAUAGAUGGACAGAUAACAUCUUCACACUGCGACAAUGGUGCUCAAAAAACUUUCCUCAGGCAACAGAACAACUCGAGCAACUUUACAAUGAGGUCGGAAUAACUGAUGACUUUGACUAUGUGGAGUUACCUCCACCUGUUCCAGUUUGCUCUAACCGUGAAACUGAGGGGAACGUUUGAGCUUUGUAGCUUGAGGUGAGAAAGCAGCACACAGUACAUAUUGAAAAUCAAGGGGAUUUUAAGAAGCUGGCUUUCUUGACUCUUUAUAAAGAUUGGCUCUUAAUGCUUAUAUACUUGAUAGUGACAGUGAUAUAAUGUUAAUUGCAGCAUGAACUGCCAAUUUCCCCAUUUUUAGUUUUGAAAAUAUAUUGGUGACA